AUGUCAAUUACAUCCAAUGUAUUAGUAGCAACAUCAUUAUUAACAGUUGGUGGAUACAUGUUAUUCACAGGAGCUGGAGAAUCAUUCAACAUUGGAGAAUUUUUAGAAACUACAUCACCAUAUUUUUGGUCUUCAUUAGGUAUUGCAUCAUGUAUUGGAUUUUCAGUUGUUGGAGCAGCAUGGGGUAUUUUUAUAACAGGUACUUCUAUUUUAGGAGCUGGUGUUAAAGCACCUAGAAUAACUACUAAGAAUUUAAUUUCAAUUAUUUUUUGUGAAGUUGUUGCUAUUUAUGGAUUAAUUAUGGCAAUUGUUUUUAGUGCUAAAUUAACUAGUGUUUCUUCAAAAGUUUUAUAUACUAAAGAAAAUUUAUAUACUGGUUAUUCAUUAUUUUGGGCUGGUUUAACUGUUGGUAUUUCAAAUUUAAUUUGUGGUAUUGCUGUUGGUAUCACUGGUUCAACUGCUGCUAUUAGUGAUGCUGCUGAUUCUUCCCUUUUUGUUAAGAUUUUGGUUGUUGAAAUUUUCGGAUCUGUUUUAGGGUUAUUUGGUUUAAUUGUUGGUUUGUUGAUGACUGGUAAAGCCGGUGAAUUUAAAUAG